AUGAUCGCGGGGAAAAUACCUCUUCACACGAUUAUUAUGCAACACUCGGUUCUUACAGAGUCCUGUGGCGAAAACCGCGGCCCACUCAUGGACGACAACACUCGCUAUAAGAUCCUAUAUUAUCACGAAGGAACUCGAAAUGUACUUGCUCUGGGAGAAUCGCCAGGUUUCCAAACUGGCUUCCUUCCACCCGCGAAAAAUUUGUUCAAACUGAGAUGGAACUGCAAACUUGAAGCAAAGGCAAGGGAACUGUCAAACAACUGUGCUCCUUCCGCCGAACAGCUGAAAGAAGACCUUGGAAAGAACGUAUUUAGCGGCUUUGUACCAGAAGUAGAUAGCCCCAUACCAAUCAAGAAGAGAGAGCGAAAGUAUGACUUCAUAAGUAAAUCAAUCGACGAGUGGCUCCUGCCAACGGAGAAUUAUCCCAUAGAGGGUGAUGUUCAUUACAAUGAGAGUUUGUACAGUAAAAGCAAUCUGUACACUUUCGCCAAUGUAAGUUAA